CCGAGUCGUCCAACUGGCUCAAGACUUUUACAGAGACGCCUACUUUCUUCCGAUUUACAGAAGGGAUUUUUGGUGACUUCCCGAUCAUCAUCAAGCAAGAGCCAGCAGCCCGAUUCAUUACCCAACACUGUCACGGAAGACAUUGACAACUCGCAGGAAAUUCAUGCUCGUGUUCCAUCCAGAACUUCGACCUUCCAACUCACUGGUACUAAGAAAGGCAACGUCAGUAAUCCCUUUCUAGAUCAACAUGACUUAGAAUCAGAAAUUUGGAUGGGAGAACCUCCAGUCGAGUCUCCAAGAUCAUACACAGUCGAAGACAAAAGGCCGGCGCCGUCAGUGGCAGGUGGCAUUUCCAGCCCUCCUUUGAAAAAGAAAUUCUCCCCUGUGGUUUCCCAUGCUUUCAAGGCAUCAAGCUCGUCUUCCAACACUCAGCCGCCUGUCACUGAGCGAUCUGACUCAGGGAAUUCUCCUACUCGAACACCUUCGAAGGUCCGCUGGGAGCAGCUACGGCAACAUGUUUUGGCAGCACCUCGUCCAGCUUCGCCUCCUCCGUCUGCAGGGACAUCUCAAAGUUCUUCUCGACCACCGACGCCCAAGCCAUCUCGUUUUCCGCGGCUUGGCUUCCGACAGGUUGUAGAGUAUGCACGCGAGGCUGCAGUGGACGAGUCCCGCCGAUUUGCAGAAGAGCUGCUCCAAAUUUGUUGGUCCUUUCGUGUCCCGGAUCCGUCACGACAGAGCAAAAAUGAGCGAGAUGGGCCAUUGGGCACACUUAGCUCGUUGCACCUCCCCUUCGUGUCGAGCACGACUCUGAACUCUUUCGCGACUGGGAGUACUAUGGUGCAGACUCAGACAACAACUCAGAAAGGACUUUCUAUUAAGAGGCCUCCCUCCACAGUGUCAGGAGGACAGAACUCCUCGCUUAUCAUGACGCUGCACGAGUCCAUCCUUCGUUAUGCGUCGAAGAACUCGAAUUAUCUUCCUCACGAAACUCUCGUUCUUUCCGCUCUGUUGAUGCCGUUUUUAUCGAGCGAGAGCAAUCAGAAUGUGGACGACGAGCGGUGGACUGCGAUCGAAGCUUUCGAGGUUGCUGUCCAAACUUGGCAAGCGACGUCGGAUGAUCUUACUAUCGAGAGAUGUAUCUGGUGUUGCAACGCUGCGUCCAUACCAUCCUUCCUUCGGACUCGCGUUCUCAGUGUUCUUACAUCACUCCUGUUUCCCCGCAGUGGCCCCAUCGAGCUCCCGAGUGCCCAUGCGUUCCUUUCUCUAGUCCAGGCGCUAGCUAUAACGUUGCUCCAGAUACAGGAAGAUCAAGAAGUGGCUAUUCUAAGAGACAUCAUCUCGAAACUUCGCGGCGGGACGUGUGGGAGCAUAGCGGGCUUUCUCGCUGCAGCAGAGAUCGAUGGCUCUCCAGUGAUGUUGGUCGGUGUGAGCCAGUCGGAAGUCAGGGAAGCCUUGGUCGCUGAAGCCUUGGUCCGGUGUCUCGACCAUGGACCUCUAACCAUGAAGCGCAAGGUCUUGCAUGAACUCCUCCAGGAAUUUUGGACACCUUUACCUGUCUCAGGAUCCUUUUCCCCUAUGAUUUCAGCUAUCCGUUCUCGAGUUGUCAUAACAUUCGCUCAUGCUGCAACUCUCCUGUGUGUGUCCGUAAAGUCGGAGCAUCUGGACAUGCAGAGCGUCUUGCAUGUCCUGAAAUCGCGUGUCAUUCCUGAGAUGACUUGUCUGACUGGGAAACGGGCAUCGGAUGCCCGCGCCAGCGUGUCUAGGCUCCUGAUCGAGUUACUCUGCCUUGAGGGGGUCACUCACGAGAUAUCUGGCAUCACUUACGGUCUCACCGUACAGUUACUGGAAAUGUCUGAGUGGAAGACGUCGUUGGAAAAGAUGAUGCAACACUUUGGCGAAUGGCCCACAAUAAUUAGAAUUUUGACCGCACUCUUUCACUUACCGGAUGAGCUUCGCGGUCAGCUGUUCACGUUGUCCAUACCGUGUUUGCAAGAGAGAAUAGUCGCAGAUCCACCACCUCUGGACUAUCCGGAACUCACGGGUGUCCUAGACAAGGCAUCACGCACAUAUCCCCAAGUGUUCUUCAAACCGCUUUUCACCUGUGCAGCAUCUUCCAAGGCGCUUACGAUUGGCCAUCAACUUGGAGUUAUUGCUGCUAUCUCGGUAUUCCUUCCCGACUUCUGGACAAGAGAUACAGAGAUGAUAUUGGUAGCGUUGAUGAACGAACCCACUGCCAUCUUACAAUCUGGGUCCAAGAGGAAGUGGGCGCAAGCAAGGCUUGGGCAGAUGAUCAUACUAGUUGAGCUAAUUGCGUGUGUUAAGGCGGUAUCACGAAUUAGCCAAGACUUUUCGCACCCUAAUAACUCGGUUGUUGCUCCAACCCAGUUUUUCAGUAUGCUGGAAGCCCGUUUAGGUGUGUUAUUAGAAGCGAAAGAACGAGCUACUCUGCUACCACUCUCCAUGCGCUUGUUCUACUUGAUCUUGUUCACAGAGAUUAGACUACUCACACGAUCCGUAAAGCGUCCGACUUGGCUACAAUCAGCAAUUGGUUGGUUGCUACAGUCGCAUAUCGGAGCUGUGGUGGACGAAGAUGGGCCUCUGACUGUAGAUGAUGACGUCUUCAGUGACAUCUCGCAAGCGCUGGACAAAGUCAAAGAUAUUUACGCCUCAGCACAGGACGGCCUUCGAGCAUCUUACCAGCGCCGAGGCACAGUACUCCUGUUUUCCAGCGCCAACGAUGUUUCUGGGGACAAUACUGAACGUAGGACUAUCCUCAUGGAUGCGUUACAUGAGAGAAUGCUCUUGUUGUCGUCCCUUGGACAAUCCCUCACCCGCCAAGCCCUCAAUUUAUUAGUGAUGAUUUCCGCCUGCCUUACAUCAGAAGAUUACUUGUUGAUGGGACCUUCCUUGUGGGCACGAUGUUUUGACUGGGCGGAACCGCAGACAGCUUCUUUUCUAACCAUGCAGUGUGCAGAGAAGGCCCCACAUAGCAUACUUGAACUCAUCAGGAAUGACUUGCGGAAUGAAGACAGUGCUGUGAAGAUCACUGCAAUCCAACGUUUGGACAUGCUGGUGAAUAUGCGCUUCCAGAUUCUGUCUCAGCCUUUUUUGUCGGAUACGAAUCGUCGUCGACCAUUCAAGUUAGCCCGCGACCCAUUGCCAUUUGUUCCAACCGACAUCGGUUCAAGCCUGUUCGUUCUAGAGCAGGAGGAUGAUAGUAAUGAAGAUAUGCCCAAAGAACUGCGUAAACGCUUAGCCGAAGUGGGAUGGUUAGAUGAAAAACGACCAAUGGACCAGAAACGCGAAUGGGUGAGGACACCCUUGUCACUAUUACCCAGUAAUCUUCAAGAUCGAAACGUUGGUGCCACGGAGCGCCUUCAGUCUUCACCCAUAUCAUCCCCGACAUCCACGCCAACCAAACCUCGUUCUAAUAGUAACGUUUCUGAUGGCCACCUCAGUAGACGAUCGUCAGAUCCUACAAGCCGUGGCGUCAAGCGCCGUGCGGUCUUUGUUCCUGCACUCGGGACUGUAUUCCCUCAACUGGUCUCUCUGACUCUCGAUUCUUGCAUUGACGUUUCAUGCGCGGCUCGUGACAGUGUUGUGGAUUUACUACGGCAUGACCCUGCUCUUCUUAUUCGGCCCAUCCUCGAUUUGCUUGCCAGCGAUAAUGAAGAAGCUGCCACGACAGCUAUCCGAGGGUUAUUGCAUCUAAAUCAGCAUCUCCCUCCUGCCAUGGCUCAUUAUACAUUCAACCAUCUUGCUGGGUACCUUAAAUACGUUGCUCGCGAAGUCACUUCGACAGAUGCACUUCACAACUUCGCUCUCGCUGCUGCUCUAUUGUCGAAUCUAGUCAUGCAAGUCAGCGAGAUGUCCAUCAGGGAGAUUCGGCGAGCGAAGAUGGAUUUGUUCCUUGUUCCAUCCGGGUCCUUGUGGUUUACCGCGUCGUCUCCAUCUGGCCCCAUGUUUCCGAAAGCUCUGUCUCUCAGUGAAAAUCCAUUCGAGAUUCCCCCAUCCUUGAUGUCAAUUACAAUGAUCCGCGUGACUCAAAAUCGGUUGUUUCUGUCCAUGUUGAAGCGAAACCCUCAGGACGUCCAAGUUAUUCGGAAGACUAUAGAGCAGAUCGUUCUGCCUUCAACAGAUGCCUUGUCAGCAGCACGCUUUCUGGAAUUGCCAAAUUUUAUACCGCGACAGUUGUCUGCACAACGGGAUGGACCAGAGUCAAUCCUGACCACGAUUUCCUUGGUGCUUUCGCGGAGUCAUCUUCUGCUCAUAGCCCAGAUUUUCAGAUCCAUGUCCAGGCAUCUUAGCGAUCGUAGCGAGUUGACCGUCUUCAUAGAUGGUCUGAACCGGAUCUUGCUCAGACAUGGAGAUGAUAUUGGGAUUGUAAGCCAGUCGCUGAUCGCGUUAAUGGUGGCGAGUACCCGCUUCAGGCGUCUCUUUACGUCCGGUGGAGGUUAUUCCCUCUUUAUGUUAUCUAUCAUGAAAGUGUAUACGGAGCAAGAGCAUCAUCAGGGAAUUCGGCAGGCUAUCGAGUAUGCCAUCAGUCGCUUCUACGCUGUUCACCCGCAGGCAUUCGUCUUCCAAACACUAGACGUUGUGGUACACGCCCUCUUGGAACCAACUUGCAAUAGCUCUUGGCUGGUGAAGAACGUCUUUCGGAUGCUGUCUUCACUGAAUCGUGACAAUCCGAUGGCAGGUCCAGAUGCUUCUGGCAUUCGAAAUAUGAACAGACUGCAGGAGAAGGAAGCAUUGAUGGUCACCACCGCUGAUGAGAAACCUCAAACAUUCAUGGCUGCCAUCCGAAGGGUUGGUAGCCAGGAUUCGCAACAGCUGAUCAUCAACCUUCCCGAGGAGUACGAGACGAGAUCAUUUGAUAUGGACAAUCUCGUACGGUUGUUGUUAACUGUCAUUGGUCAUGACCCUUCCAUCGCCAGAGCCCAAAAUUUCCUAUCGCUCCUAAGGUUGUUAACACCUGCACUGUACAAUGCUUCCAGAUCAGCCAGGAGUGUGCUUCGCGACGGCAUUGAUGCAGUUGGGACAAUCAUCCUACGUGCAGUCGCGAAGGCCAAGCUUCCUGAAUCAUUGACCAUGCAAUUGGUGGACGAUAUCACUACGGAUGUAUCACAGGAUGAGGCUGAUCUGGUGGACAAGCUUCACAAGAAAGCGAAGGCCCCAAGUGAUCUCACCACUAUGCGGAUAGAAUAUCUCGGAUUGGCGCUCGCUUUCGUUAAAGCUGGCGGCCAGCUGCCCAACACUGCGAUGGAGAAGAUUUUCGAUAUCGCGAGGAUUCUUUUGCGAGAAGCAUCGCACACGGAAGAUAAGGUCGUGGAUUUCCUAUGCCAGUACUCAAAGGCCAGUCUUGUCGAACGUACACCUAGUUCCAAGGAAGCAAUUGCACUUCUCGACCACCUUGCUCCUAUCAUGAACGCCUAUGCGUCAACAAUCAAUUUCGCUGGUAUUUACGAGGCCAUAAUUCAUCUCACCUCUGGCAAUCAACUCGCCAACGACAUCACAUUCUCUAAUUUGGUGGUAACGCAAAUCUGCAGGAGUGGGUUGGAGUCUCAAACAGCUUGGAGCUCUGAGCACAAGGAAUCUUCCAUGGUCUCGCUCCUUACCACGGCCAUUUCCUUUCGAAAGACCGACGUGAUUGCUGAGAUCGAGAAACAGCUCCCAUCACAUAGAUUCUUGUCCGGCGUCGUUUUCAAGCUUGUUCUUUCGCUCGAAACGUCUGCUUCAGCGUCGCCGGUGGGAGACCACGACGCAUGGCUGCGUGCUGCCCGUACCAGUGCAUGGUUGCGACUUCUUUCCUACGCGAUGGCGGUUUGUGAAAAACCAGGCCGGUCCCGACAAUCAACCUCCUCGCUAGAGCGAAGGAAAUCUGACGAUAAGCGUCGUUCUGGACCAUCAAAUAAAGAACAGGUCUUGACGCUGGUAGUUGCAAUUCAAGUCAUCAAGAUGAUUAUCGUGAGAGCUGGAGAUGACCUCUCUGCGUCCCUGCCCUCAAUAUGGACCCGUCUUGCUACUGUCUUUAGAUCUCUGGUUUCUGAUGGAGAUGCGCAGUUUGCCCUUGAAUCCUCUGAGCAAUCUGCGCCACCUUCCCCCAUCCAUUCACCUCACCCGAGUUUUAGCAUGACUUCAGUUGAUCCUUUCAAUGCUCAGGAGUCCUUUCUCACACCGUCGGUAUCCUUCAACGCCCCCCGCCCGUCUCCUCCCCCGGGUAAACCACGAGUCAUCGACUACGCGCUUUGGUCUCUCUUGGAGCUCCUUUCUCGCUACCGCACACCCCUCAUACUCCAAUUGAAGUUGCUCGCACAAGAAAAAGCCGCUAUUCUCGACGAGCAGCUCCGCUGCUCCCAGAAUGGUCCACAUUACUCUUUCGGACAUAGGCCUCCGUCUGUCUUCUCUAAGCCGAGGAAGAGAUUAUCAAGCAUGCAGUCCGCUGUGUCGCCCUUCAUCAGCAGUUCGCCGUCAGCUUCUUUUAAUGCAGGCCAUAUGUCGCUACGCCCUCCCAUGCUAGAAUCCACGCCACGCAAGGCAGGGUUUGAGCGCAGCCCAAGUCCAUCACCAGUCAGUGCCCAGCCCCGCAUCGUUCACCUCGGUCCUACAACACCAGACUUGCAUCGCUCAGCAUCGUCUAGCGAGGAUGUGCGUAUGCUGACGAUGUCAACAGUAGUGAAAACUACGUCUCUCGUGCGUGCCACAUACCGCCGAAUAAGGCUUGUGCAGGCAUGUAUGGGGUAUGAUUUGCUGUUACCACUGCCCGCAGCGUUCGAAAGGCAUAUGCCAGCUACAUCUGAGAUUACUGGCACGAUGGAUGGUACGAUUGGGCUUGGAGGACAUUUAGAAGGAGAAAGGAAGUGGACAAUCAAGCAGGCAGUUGAUGCCCUUGUGGAUGAGAUGCAUGAUCUGGAGCUUGAGUUUUGUGAACGGGAGGCGUGGAGGGAGGUAUUGGACGAGAGCUUGGUAGUCUUAGAGCCUGAUGUGAACGAUAGUAGCGUAUUUUGAGACGGACCGAUAAUCGAUGACAAACAGCUUUACAAGAGUCUGCGUACUUUUUGAACUAUAUAUGUUCGGGUAUCCUGAAACACAUUACAUAGUAGCCAUACAAGAAAGAGCCUACAAA